AGAGUUUAGGCUACAAGUCGCAGAAAUAUCUAUCAAUAAUACACCUACUACACUUGCUCUACGACCAUUAUCCCCGAACUCGUUUCGACUUGCGUUUCAAACACAACAUAUAAGCGCAUUUGAAGAGAUAACUCACAAGUACAAGCUCCGAUGAAGUCGCUCAAGAUGAGCAAGGUGCUUGGCACCAUAAGGAAGAAGAACUCUAGUAAUGGUGUUGGCACGCCUACCGCUACUGAAGGCGAAGGCCCCGAGGCCACGGCGACACGUUGUGUAAAAUCCUUCAUCGAAUCCGGUUCUAACCAUGCUGGAGACGAAGUGCUAUUCCUGCCCCCUAUCGUCGAUGCCGCCGAAUCAUCCCCCGCAGCCGCUGCGGAAUGCGCGCGCCUUAUCCGAAAAUAUCUAAAGAGGGACUAUUGGACGAAACCUUCAUACCAAUACAAUGCCAUCAUGCUCAUUCGCAUCCUCGCCGAUAACCCAGGUCAGACAUUCACGAGAAAUGUCGACCAAAAGUUUGCGGACACCGCAAAAGAGUUGUUGAGACACGUUCGCGAUCCAAGUGUGCGCCAGAUGAUGAUGGAAACAUUAGAUUCUUUUGAAAACACCAAAGCAUACGACGAAGGCCUGAGUAUAAUAAUCGAUAUGUGGAAGAAAGAGAAGGAGAGGGCGCAGAAGCAAUUCGGAGGACGUACCCCUCAGCCCCCAAUGCCACGUACGAUGAACGCGCCCCCAUUCGAUGCGCAUUCCCAAAAUUAUUUCGCGCGAAGCCAUUCGAAUCGCAAACUCCCAAAUCCUGUCGAACUAGCUAGUAGGUUAGAGGAAGCGCGGACGUCUGCGAAAUUACUGCAACAAGUAGUUACGAAUACCCCACCUGUCGAGGUACUCAGCAAUGAUCUGAUCAAGGAGUUCGCCGAUCGAUGUACAAGCGCAAGCCGGAGUAUACAGAUGUAUAUGACCGCUGAAGACCCGGCACCCGAUAAUGACACCAUGGAGAGCUUGAUUGAUGCCAACGAACAACUUCAGGCAUCGCUGAGCUUACAUCAAAGAGCCAUGCUGAACGCGAGAAAGCUCGUAGCUGUUAUGGACCCUCAGUCCCAAUCCCAAUCUCAGCCCCGGCCGUCCCAGUCUCUAGACCCUGUGAGUCCGGUAGAGUCUGAUAGAAACAGCAAUGGACUGGAACCCCCGCCCGUCCCGGCUCGAAAACCGAACGGCAAAGGUAAAGAAAGGGAAUACGAGCCUGCUGUGGCGGGGCCGUCAAGGACACAUACACCUAUUGGUGAAACCGAGGACGAUCCCUUUAGGGACCCCGAGCCGGAGCCCUCAGGAUCGAGGUCUCAUGCAGCCGGCGGUUCGAGCACUGGCGGUGGGGCGUAUCUUGACGAGCCUCGGUUAGCUUUCGAACCUUUUCACCCAGGCUUUGAGAGCACGCCAAGCUAUAUGGACAGGCAGGAAAGCGCUCUCGGGAAAGAGGCCAUGCAUGGAGCUGGAGGCGCCGCAUCUGACGCCCGACACUCGCGGGAUGAUGACGAUGAUAGCGAUUAUGACGCCACGCCCCAGAAACAGAAAGAGCCAAUUUACCGAUACUAAUUGGGCCUACAGGAAUGGUCUGUACAUCUGCAUCCUUAAGGCUCAAAGUUCGGAAGUUAGGGGUAUGCUCGGCGGGUUUA